AUGUCAUCCUCCGCCUACAACAAUGGUCCCUCCACUGAGGCCGGCCACCGCUGGAGCAGUGGAGACACAAAGGCUCCGCGUCACUCGGAGAACACGGCCACUACCGACAACCGGACGACGCCCGAGGUCGAUGAGGUCGGCCUCCAGGUCAACACGGAAUACAAGCCGCUGCCAUUUCCUUUCAACAGGAUCAUGGACAGCGGGUUCGGACGGUCUCAAUGGAAGAACCACUCGAUUGCCUUCGCUGGUGAAUGCGUGGGCACAGCAUCCUUCCUCUUCUUCGCCUUUGCAGGCACCGAGGUCGCUCAAUGGGGCGCGCUGCAAGACCCGGACAACACCACCUUCGACCCUGCCACCGUCCUGUACAUCUCCCUGUGUUUCGGCCUGUCUCUGAUGGUCAACGUCUUCAUCUUCUUCCGGGUGUCCGGAGGCCUCUUCAACCCAGCAGUCACGCUCGCCAUGUUCCUGACCAGCUCGAUCCCGCCAAUGCGGUGCCUGGUGCUCUUCCUCGCGCAGAUGCUGGCCUGCAUGUUCGCAUCGGUCAUCGUCGACGUGCUGAUCCCGACCAAGUUCGGGGUCGUGACGCAGCCGUCCAACGGGGCGACGACGGCGCAGGCCGUGUGCAUCGAGCUCAUCCUGACGGCGUACCUCUGCAUGUCCAUCUUCAUGCUCGCGGGCGAGAACCACAAGGGCCGCUUCAUGGCCCCCGUCUGCAUCGGCAUGGCCCUGUUCUCCGCCCACCUCGUCGGCGUGCAGUGGACCGGCGCCAGCCUCAACCCCUGCCGCAGCUUCGGGCCCGCCGUCAUCAGCGGCACCUGGACCAAGCACUGGAUCUACUGGGUUGGACCUGGCGUGGGUGCCACCAUCGCGGCGGGCCUGUACAAGACUCUGAAGCACAUGCGCUACGAGGAGGCCAACCCCGGCCAGGACCAGUGGGACGACCCGUCGCUACGCCAGCACAACAACCACCAGAACCACAAGUGA